AUGAAUUAUAAUCGUCGUGGUAGAGGUUUUCCUCGUAAUAAUAACGGCAAUAGGAGUUUCACUCCAGGUGCCGCAAAUAGUAAAUUUAAUCAAUUAGAAGCGCGUAUUACGCAGCUAACCAAGGGCAAAGUUUUUAGACCAAGUGUAAUGCCACCUGUCUUUUCGACCCAACCAUGGAAUUCUGCAAUAGUUCGGUCGAUGGCAUCUUUAACUACAGCCUUUUCUACUAUUGAUGCUAGCAAUGUAAUUUCUGCUGCUUGUAAUCAGUUAGGCUUGUUCACCGGUACAGGAGUACAAAUCUCUUAUGUCAAAAUGGAGUUUAAGGUGGUCAGUGUUGCCUGUUGGUUUAAGUUGGAUAAUGGUUACUUCCGACUUCUUCCCCUGGACCUAAUCGAAUCAAGGGCAGUGCCUACUCAAACUAGAGAAUUAACAAAUAUAGAUUGUAUGGCACAGAAGAACAUGUACGCUACCGGAGGCUAUGUAUGGCCAAGUUCACACCAACAACUUGUAUUUACUAAUGGUGAUAAAGGAAAUAUCCUUGCUUUAGAAGGUAGUGCUACUGGUAAUUUAGAGUGGCAUCUAAAGAUUAAUUAGAGGUGCGCACAGUCCUCACAACUUAAAGAAACAUAUACAUAUGUUCCAGUUUCGCGACCUGGUUCAUCACAUCGAUG